GCCCAAGUGAACAAGGAGGUGCCGCGGCGCAAGUCGCUGGUGGGGACCCCGUACUGGAUGGCCCCCGAGCUCAUCUCCCGCCUGCCCUACGGCCCAGAGGUGGACAUCUGGUCGCUGGGGGUGAUGGUGAUCGAGAUGGUGGACGGGGAGCCCCCCUAUUUCAACGAGCCCCCCCUCAAGGCCAUGAAGCUGAUCCGCGACAACCUCCCCCCCCGGCUCAAGAACGGCCACAAGGUGUCCCCCUCCCUCAAGGGGUUCCUGGAGCGGAUGCUGGUGCGGGACCCGGCGCAGCGGGCGAGCGCCCCAGAGCUGCUCCGACACCCUUUCCUGGGGGUCGCGGGCCCCCCCGCCUGCAUUGUCCCCCUCAUGCGGCAGCACCGGCUCCG